CUGACGACGUUGAUUUUCACAAGUAGCCUCGAGCCUAUAAUGUGACGGGAGAGAGAGGGUGUGUUGCCACAAGACAAUCUUGACUGUCACUUUACAUUAUUGAGCUGUGGAGUUUGCAUGGAUGACACCGGUUUGUUACUUUGUAAUGUUUAAAUACCUGUAGGGUCCGUAGGCUACCGAGUUUGACCGUUUCUCCUGUGUGCCAAUGACCGAUUGCCAAAUGGUGUCUUCAGAUUUCACUGCAGAUGAGAGGUUGGAGAUUGAGAGCAUGAAGAUGCAUAAGAGAGACCUGCUAGAGGACAUCCAGAAGCUAAAGAUGGAGAUUGACAAAGUCAUGGCUGAAGUUCAAGACUUUGAGUCUACAGAGGAGAACAAAGUCCUUGAGAAAGGAAAGCAGUUCUCAAGCGGGAAGAAGAAAUUCAACAUGGAGCCUAAAAAGGGUAUAAACUACCUGGUAGAGAACAAGCUUCUGGAGAGGAACCCUCAGCCAAUAGCAGAGUUCCUUUACAAGGAGGAGGGGCUCAAUAAGACUGCUAUUGGAGACUACUUGGGAGAGAGAGAAGACCUCCACCUCCAGACGCUGAAAGCCUUUGUGGACCUCCAUGAGUUCUCAGACCUCAACCUGGUACAGGCACUGAGGCAGUUCCUGUGGAGUUUCCGUCUGCCCGGCGAGGCUCAGAAGAUUGACCGCAUGAUGGAAACCUUCGCCACACGCUACUGUGACUGUAACACGGAAGUCUUUCAGUCUACAGACACCUGUUACAUCCUGUCGUUUGCCAUCAUCAUGUUGAACACCAGCCUCCACAACCCCAACGUGAAGGACAAGACCCCUCUAGAGAGAUUCAUCUCUAUGAACAGAGGCAUCAACAACGGAGGGGACCUGCCCAAUGAGCUGCUCACGAAACUGUAUGACAGCAUCAGGAACGAGCCCUUUAAAAUCCCAGAGGAUGAUGGGAACGACCUGACUCACACCUUCUUCAACCCCGACAGGGAGGGAUGGCUCCUCAAACUAGGAGGCAGAGUGAAGACGUGGAAGAGGAGAUGGUUCAUCCUGACUGACAACUGCCUCUACUACUUUGAGUACACCACUGACAAGGAGCCCAGAGGCAUCAUCCCUCUGGAGAACCUGUGUGUGAGAGAGGUGGUGUAUGCACGCAAACCGUACUGUCUGGAGCUGUAUAACCCCAACAGCAGGGGUCAGAAGAUCAAGGCGUGUAAGACAGAGACAGACGGCAGAGUGGUGGAAGGGAAACACCAGUCAUACAUGAUCUGUGCCGCUACCGCUGAGGAACGAGACACAUGGAUAGAGAGCAUCAGAGCCAGCAUCACCAAGGACCCCUUCUAUGACCUGGUGUCGGUGCGUAAGAAGAAGGUGAUCAACCAGGCUCCCCAAGACUGAGACAGGACAGCACCCCCUGUGGAUCAAUCACAGUACUGCAUCACAGAGGGAGAUGGAACCCCUACAGCAAAUAGUACAAUCAAUAGACUUAGGUUCAGGUUCAGUUGAACUGACUAAGCAUUGGGAACCUGGACACUUUCAACAGUGAGAAUGAGGACCUUCUACCUUAAAAAGGAAUUAGAAAUGAACUUUUGUCAUAAUGAGAAUUGAGGGAUAAUUUGUUUUGUUGCAAGAAGAGUUCCUGAGAAGACUGGUGGGGACUGAUUUGGACUUUUAUCUGGAUUAAACAGAUGGAACUGUGUACUGUCUGGAAGAGGGACUUCUCCUUUUCAACCACCGCUGUGUCAAAGGACUUCCUUCUUACCCUGUGAGAUGAAAUACUGUCAUUGUCAACAGCUGUCAACGUGACCUGUACAUACUGUUUGUUGAGGUGGUGACAGAAGCGAAGCCAAGAGAGCGGUUUCUCAUGUACAUACUGCAGAUAGAUACGACCUCAAGCAUGGCUGAUUCCACCUACUGUCCUUGUAUGACUCUUUGACUGUGUCCCAAAUGGUGCCCUAUUCUCUAUACAGUGCACUACUUUCCACCAGAGCCUUAUGGACCCUGGUCAAAAGUGGUGCACUAAAUAGGGAACAGGGUGCCAUUUAAGAUGCUGUUAUAAGACCUCUGUGUCUGGUUUAUCAUACCUGUUCUAUGUACAGGAUGUACAUCAUGCUAAUAGAUACCACCUCGAUCGUUGCUGGCUUCGGCAAAUGUACUGGGGCGGCAGGUAGUCUAGUGGUUAAGAGUAUUGGGCCAGUUGCCACGAGGCCGCUGGUUCGAAUCCCCGAGCCUCCUAAGUGAAAAACUGUUGAUGUGCCCUUGAGCAAGGCGCAUGACCCAUAAUGCUCCUGUAAAUUGCUCUGGAUCAGGGUGUCUGUUAAAUGACUGAAAUGUAUUUGUCUCUGUAUGCUAAUACUGUGGAGAGGAUCUCUGA